AUGUCGCGCGAUCGACACGCGUUACCGAACAGAGAGCGCGCGCUGUUCACCAAGCUCGUCGACGCGUACGAGACGAAGAAGUACGAGAAAGGGAUCGCCGCCGCCGAUGAUAUUUUACGAAACUUUCCCGAGCACGGCGAGACGCUCGCGAUGCGAGGGUUGAUCGUUCGAUCCAUGGACGACGGGCACGAACACAACGAAGAGGCGCACGCGCUGGUGAAACGAGGGAUCGAGUGUCACCCGGAGUCGCACGUGUGCUGGCACGUCAUGGGUUUGGUUUGGCGCGCCGAGCGAAACCACGUCGAGAGCGCGAAGUGUUACGCGCAGGCAUUGAGACUGGAUCCCGAUAACUCGUUGAUUUUGAAAGAUUUAAGUGUGGUACAUUUGCAGACGCGUAACAUGGAGGCUUUCGUGAAGUUGCGAUGGAAACUGUUGUCGAGCAGACGCGAUCAGCGAGCGUCGUACGUGAGCCUGGCGUGCGGGUUGCACUUGACGGGAGAUCACGACAGCGCGUUCGAGGUUCUGGAGUCGUACGAGAAGAUUCGGAAUGCGAAGCAGUUUGAUUCCAGAGGGGCGUGGAGGGACGAGGAUCCGCUGAUGAAGCGAUUUGAUGCGAGCGAGCUGACCUUGUUCAAGGCGACGCUCAGGCGGGCAAGCGGGAAGGAGAAGGAGGCGUUGGCGCUAUUGGAGCGCGACGAGGCCAAGGUGGUGGAUAGGGUGGCAUAUUUGACGCACGUCGGCGAGAUUCAGGUCGCACUCGGGAUGAAGGCGGAAGCGGAGAAGACUUAUUGGAAGCUUUUGGAUCGUCUGCCGGAUAGCUACGAUUAUCAUCGAUCGCUUCGCGCGGUGAAAGGCCUUCCGAAGGACGUGCGCGACGGUGCGGGGGAAAUUUCGGACGGCGAUAUUGUCGCAUUGAAGGCGUUAUAUCGAGAGAUCGAGGAGAAGAUCACGUUCUGUGCCGCGGCGAAGCGCUUGCCACUGUCGUUCACCAAGCCUGGGGAUGAGUUUGACGCUCUCGUCGUUGCGUACAUUGAGAAGCCGCUUCGCAAGGGAGUUCCGAGCCUGUUCGAGGAUUUAAAAAAUCUGUACGAGAACCCCGCCAAAGCUCGAGCGAUGGAGCGAAUUUUCACCGAAACUGUCGCUUCGCUCAAGUCCAGCGGUAAGUUUUUGUCCGGCGGUGAGACCAAGUCAGAGGAGGGAAAGAAGGAGUGCACCAUGUACGCUGUCAACCUCUUGGCGAUGCAUCACGGCGAGAUGGGGCGACGGUCCAGCGAUGGCGGCGCGAAGGAUUUCGCUAAGGCGCUUGAGCUGAUUGAAGAGGCGAUCGCCAUCGAUGCCUCGUGCGUUGAUCUGCACCUGAACAAGGCGAGCAUCUUGGAACUCGCAGGCGAUUUACACGGCGCCGCCGACGCGGCGGAGACGUCGCGAAAGCUCGAUCUUGCCGACCGAUUCUUGAACUCCAACUGCGUGCGACACAUGAUGCGCGCGGGCCGCUACGCUUACGCAGAGCAGCUCGCGGCCAUUUUCGCGCGAGACGGUGACCAAGCGACUAAUUUGUACGACAUGGAGGCGACAUGGUUUGAGCUCGAAGCCGCUCAAUGCCACACGAGAGGCAAGAAGUACGGACGUGCGUUGAAGUAUUAUCACGCGGUGCUAUCCCACUUCCAGCAGUUUGUCGAAGAUCAAUUCGACUUCCACAGCUACUGCCUGCGUCGAACCGCCAUCAAUUCUUACUUGGAUUUGUUAAAGGUUGAGGACAAAAUGUACGCUCGGCAAGAGUUCCGUGACGCCGCCAAGGGAGCGGUGAUGCUUUACGUGGACCUCUUCGAUGAGCCUCCGGAGAAGAAGGCAGCAGCUUUAGAAGCGAAGGUAGCGGCCAUGUCGGCUGCGGAUGCUGAUAAAUUCCGGGAAGAGCUUCGCGUCGCGAAGGAGCGCGAAGACAAGGCUGAGGAGGAGCGACUCGCUGCGCUGGAGGAGGCAAAGAAAGUCGCCGCAGCUCAGGAGAGCAAGAACAAGUCGCCAAAGGAUGCAACGAAAAAGGUUGACCCGGAUCCUCUCGGCAAAGCCCUUGAAAACACGAAGGAGCCGCUCGAGCAGGCGAUGAAGUUCAUCGAGCCGUUGCUCUUGCACGCGGCGGGAUACGAAGAGACGCAACUUCUCGCGUUUGAAGUGUUCCUUCGUCAAGGCAAACCGAUAUUGGCGCUCAAGGCGGUGAACGAGGCGCUGAAGAUCAAGCCCAAUAGCUUCCAAGCGAAGAGUAAUGCCGCUCGAUUGACACGCCACGUGGAGAUGAUGGAUGAGGCAAACCCAAUGAAAAAAGUCUUGAUGAUGCAAGUCUCUAAGCUCACCGGAAACCAAACUGCUGCGGCGUACGCGAAGGCUCUCGCGGAUGAGAGUCCUCUGAAUCCGUUGGACGUAGCGGCUGUGUCAUUCGCUCAACGCGAAACGGCUGAUGAUGACUCUGCGUUGAUCAACGGCGCGAAGCGUACGAACGUGGAUUGUUCGGCGUUCCCGUUUGGAUCUUACGUCGCGGCAUACGAGCGUUAUGCCUCUGUCAGCGAGAGCGCGGCUGAAGCAAUGAAGGCCGCGUGCGCGUCGGCGUUCCCGUACGCCACGGUCUUUGGAGGAUCUAAGAGCACCAAGCGAGACGGUGAGUGA